AUGCAAUGUACGGUACCGCCUGCGGCUGCGGCAGACCGAACAACAGUGGCGACGUCCGGGCGCGGGGCCGUGCCGGGACUAGUGACCCUCGUGUAUUUGGAGCUGUUUCCUACCAACUUCCCGAGCCGAGGCCAAGGAAAGUUUGCAAUCUUUUCAUCUCUUGAAGUUCAUCGUUCAUCCUCCACCUGUUUUGUUUUUUUAAUAGUCAAUGUCUACUGGAACCCAAGCAACCAUGACUUAGCCAUGUCGACGUUCCCACCUGCUCAUUUUCCAGCCCCUAUUACUAGUGGAAGCAAAGGAUGUAAGCCAUUUGAAGCUUUUGGAUGUGUUCAUGCAUACGAUGUUAGGCAAGGAGAGGGAGGUUCUCUAGAGAAAUACUUUCAGUACAACAUCACCGAUGAAGCCGCACAGAAGCUGAUCCCUGCAGGGGCCUGUGUACCUUUCUUGCCACCCAAUGAAGGUUCAUCUGUUGCUGUUGUAAAUUAUGAAGAUUACAUCAGGAGUGGAUUGCUGAAGAAGCAGCUUGGUAUGAAUAUAGAACAACAGGUUGAAGGGUUGUUUGCUAAUCAUCCAGAUAUGGCGUUCGGACCGUUCCAUGAUGUACUAUCAAAUGAUGAAUGGGAGCAGAUCAAGAAACUUCAUGUACCAACCACCAAAGAACAUCAAAAUAACUUGGGUAAGACCAGGAAUAUCCUAGAAGCUGUAUCAUCAGUAGGUGUUGGGUAUUCAAUGGUCCAACAGCUACUUGGUGAAGAAACACACCUACAAAUUGAAAGAAUGUAUCACAACGAGUUAUAUUACGGAGGUUGUCUAUCGUUUCAACCUUUUAAAUCAACUACAGAGGGAAGCAGUGGACUAUUGUUUUAUCCCAGUGGGCCAGCAUUAGAUACUGCCAACAUUCAUGUUCUAGAAUCCGAGUCCAUUCCUUGCUUCAAACCAUCUUCAUCUUUGAAAUGUCAGUUCCCUGUGGCUGGCUGUGUCAGGCAAAUAGACACCCACAGAUCAUCUUUGAAAAAAGAGAUCUUUGCAUGCAUCCGAGCUGACUACCAUGCUUAUGUUGUGAAAUGCAAGAGGAAAGAGAAUCUGAAAUGCGAACUGAUACACGAUGUGACAUCACAGUACAGGCUAACAUCAGUUUCUCUCAGCCCUCACAUAGAAGGGGAGUUUCUGUUUUCAAAUGAAAGAGGACAAGUCAACCACAUAGACCUGACAAAAAAAGUAACUGGAAGCUGUGCUGUGUCACCAUCGAGGAGUUUUACCCCAGCAUAUGCACACUUUACAGGUCACCCUCGUCUUGCCUUCGUUCAUACCAAAGAUCAAGCCUAUCAGCUGGAUUUUAGGUUACCCAACUAUAUGGAUGAUCAGAAGAUACCUCUCUUUCAACUUCCAAGCAGCUGUUUACCCACAGAUCAGUACUUCUGUGUUGCUAAGCAACACCCUAGCAACCCAUUCUACCAUUAUCUUGCCACUCAGCAUUAUCUCUGUCUCAUGGAUGAACGGUUUCCACAACAUUCGGUACUUCAAUGGCCACACCUUCUUUUAACCCCGCCCAAUUAUCUACAUAUCACUCCGUCCAUCACGUCGCCCAACAUGUUGACCUCCGAUGACCUUCUCCUUGCUGCAAGCUACUCAUCAAGGGAGGUCCACUGCUUCCAAUCCUCAAGUUUACAUGGGCAAGCCCCGUUUUCGACCAGAACCCCCUGGAAAUUGCAGGAUAGCAGUGCAUGGUUUGAUUUGAUGUCUGUCAUUCCGACUCGAGAUGAGGAGCUGAUCAGGGAGAGGAUCUCCCAACCUCUAGUAGGCUUGUGUGCAGCCAAGAUAGAGGAUGAUCAUAAACAAACAAUCACAGUGUUUCAGAUCUCUGAAGCUGGAGAUGUCUACCAGCAAGUCCUGAAAGUGAGCGACGACGACGACGAGUUUGACGAGUCGCUGCAGAGAGAUAAACUGAGUGAACCUUGCGAGAGGAAAUGCAGGGAUUUUAUCGACAGGCUCGUUGUUGCCAGUGACAGGAAGGAGGAGUGUGAAAUCUCCCUCAAGAAGCUAAAGACCAAGAAGAUUGUGAAAGAAAUAGGGAAACAUUUGAAAGUCAAGUCUGGGGGCUGCUGUAUGUGCCAACCUGGAAUGGUCAAAUCACGCCACGGAAGCUUCUCUUGUAUGCAGUGUGGAUUGACGGCAGAUCAGUCUAGCACCCUUAAUCCAUCUGAGGGCCUUCCAAGGGGUAUUCUUACUCUGACAAGGCAGAAGAAAACAGAAUACCCAACGGUGUUGCAUCUGAGAAGUGUAAGAAAGACUGACGCAGAACGUUGUACGCUCGGAAAGAGACUAUGGAACAUGUGGCAUGCAGACGGGGAAACAAGUUCUAAGAGAGGGGCACAUAAACUCAUUAAAGAGGAAAAGAAAACUCCAAAGAAAACUGUUAAGCAUCUCCAAAAGAUUUCCAAUGCAGGCAGCCCUGCAUCGACAAAUCAUCGAGAGGGAACUUCAUCAAAGAUGCAGAUUCAAGCUCCAUCUAGGCAUGUGCCUGACCAACCGAGGACCCCUGAUUCAACGGCAGUCCAGAGAGCCUUGACACCAAGAAAGGUAUCCAUUGUCCUGGAUAGGUUACCGUCAUCCCAAGCAGAUAGUGUGAUGCUGAACGACGGACUCGAAGCUGAAGGACAGUGUCCUAGGGUCCAGGAUACUGCAGGGGAACGGAAGAACAGGUUACCUGAGACAACAGAGAGUGCGAUGCUGAGCGAGGAAACGGAAGAAGAGCUUCCCAAUGUCUGGGACACCGCACAACCACGAGGACAUUCAGCGAUGGCUGCCGAGGACCGGCCUCCUUUGCUCCCAAGCCAUCGGGACAUUCCAGAAAGUCCAUGCUCACUCUCCUCUGUAGACACUGAAAGACAGUAUCAGAAAAACCAGCCAAAGCAGCAGGAGAGGAGUGAGCAGCGACAAUAUAACUUUGACACCAACUCACCAGAUGAAAGUCCUGUAGAGAAUAUUAAUUUGAUCAGUUUCCUGAGAAAGCCAAAGAAGUCUUUGAAGAAGAAAGGCCAUACCAUGGGAUUUUAGUUUAACAUUAAUGCUAGAAAGUCCAUAUUUAACUCUGUGUCUUUUUUAUUUUUUCAUAUUUACUAAGUAAUUUAAGAGAAAUUUAGUCGUUUUUAUUUUAAAUAUGAUAGAAAAAGGACAUCAAGAUGCAUGUAUCUAACUCAAAAACUCAUCCUAUUGUUACAAAUCUUCAGUUCAUUUAAAAUCAGUUUAUUGCCAAAGAAGAUCAUGGGAUUCUUAGCUUAGAUGAGGCUGUUAAUAAGAUGUUAUAUGUCUAUCUGAUACCAGUAACCCAAAAAUUUAAAAUAUUAACUUCAAAUGAAGUUUGAAGGGCAUUAUACUUGAACCUCAUUCAUGAAUUCAAGAUUUGAGUUCACUUACGUUUUGACUGCAGUAAAUUGUGUUUUGUCGACACCUGCUUGUCUUCCAUUUGGUCUCAUCCAACUCUAAGCGUAGUUCAUCCUUUGAAUAUUUGGUCUACUUGUCCUUUACCUCAUUUACCAUUCUGUCUAAUAUCAAGUUAAGCUAUAACCUUUUUUUCUAAUAUCAGCUUGGUCAAAUACCACUUUGUCUAGUAGUGAUAUUGAUGAUCUUUAAUCAAAUUUUUAUUUCAAGCUGCAAAAUAAUUUGUUAAGGAAUUUGAAAUUUUAACAUCUAGAUUUUAGACUAAAUAAGCAUUAGACUAAGUAGGAGUAAGAUGAAUUGGGUGUUUACCAAGAAAAGUGUACAUAUAGACUAAUGGUAAUUACACUAAAUUCAUAGUAGACCAAAUAGGUGUAGUCCGUCCGGUGGUAGACCAUCUGAAUAUAGACCUUAUCUACAAAUGAUAGGAGGCCUCUCUUUAAAGUUUAUAUUCACUUGGUCUAAAAGCAGUUAGUUGAUUUCUCUGAUAGUCUAAUACCACUUGGGCUUAACCAAUUUGGUCUUCUUUCAAUUUGGUCUAAUUGCCAUCUGGUCUACCCUGCACUUGUUCUAAUGUGGAAUGAGACCAAUUUGAAAGUAAACAAAGCAGGGAUAGACCAAAAGACAAUUUUUCUUUCCCAAGGCACGAGUAAGAAAAUAACAAAUGCAGUUUUUGUUUCCACUGACAUCAGUCAGUUGAGGGUCCUGUUUCACAAAAAAGUUACAGCUACUUUACCUUUACCAUGGUAUGAUAGUUGUAACUCUUUGUGAAACAGACCCCCAGGAUAAUCAGGCCCUCUACUUUACUUACAGAAGGCCAAACCUAAAUGGUGUUUCGUCAUUCUAAAAAAUCAAUUUAAGCCAUUGAGUAUCCAAGGCCUGGGGCUCAUUUCAGAAAAAGUUGCAAU